GUACAGAAUCAUGUCAGCUGUUUUUAACAACGUCACUUUCAGAAAAUCCGUACUGCACUACCCAUCAUUCAUGUGAUGUCAUCGAAAACGAUUGAUACUACUUAACAAUGACACUGAUUUCACCAGAAGGAGAAUUUCCUAUCAGCACAAAUAAGAUGCAAUGGGUCUUUCACGACAAUGUUAAAAAAAAAAAAAAAAAGAUCACAUUUUCAGCAGCUUUUAAUGUUAAAAUCACUUCUAACAUGUCCAGACUGGGCUUGGUCUGUAGUUCCGCUUCCCCUCCGCCAUAGCGGGUCUGUCCCGGUCCAACAAGAAGAUAAAAGAAUAAAAAGAGAUCAGCGUGGUUGAGAUUUCUCCCCACACACAAAAUCGAUAGACUGACUAAUUACAGUGUCUAUAGGACCGGUGAACACAAUCAACAACAAGGUGGAGUUAACUUUCAAGAGUUUGCGGGACUUUACGCCGUAGUUUUGCUGGUUCAUCUCUGAAGCCCUGUGUUCACCUGACUGCGCCUCCCUGUCAUGUCUGAUAACGGUGAGCUGGAGGACAAACCCCCCGCCCCCCCUGUCAGAAUGAGCAGCACCAUCUUCAAGGACAACCAGUCGGCCAAUCACAGCUCCAAGCCCCUGCCCUCCGUGCCUGAGGAGAGGAAGGCUCGCAACAAGAUCAUCUCCAUCUUCUCCGAAAAGGGUGGACGUAAGAAAGACAAAGAUAAAGAGCGGCCGGAGAUUUCGCCUCCCUCGGAUUUUGAACACACUAUUCAUGUCGGCUUUGAUGCAGUCACCGGCGAAUUUACAGGCAUGCCGGAGCAGUGGGCCCGGCUGCUGCAGACCUCCAACAUCACCAAGUCUGAGCAGAAGCAGAAUCCCCAGGUUGUGCUGGACGUCCUCAAGUUCUACGACUCGGCCGGUGGCAACGGCAGACAAAAAUACCUCAGUUUCUCCUCCUCAGACAAAGAUGCACAGGCCACAAAGAAGGGCAGCGAGCCUUCACCGUCUAACAAAGAAGAGGAUGAUGACGAUGAUGAGACACCUCCCCCGAUUGUAGCACCUCGUCCUGAGCACACCAAAUCAAUAUACACACGCUCCGUCAUCGACCCCAUCCCAGCGCCCGCUCCGAUGGAGACGGACAAGCAGAAGAAGGGAAAGGGCAAGAUGACUGAUGAAGAGAUCAUGGAGAGACUGAGGACCAUUGUCAGUAUUGGUGAUCCCAAGAAAAAAUACACAAGAUAUGAGAAAAUUGGACAAGGGGCGUCUGGCACCGUGUACACAGCCAUUGACGUUGCCACGGGUCAGGAGGUGGCCAUCAAGCAGAUCAACCUGCAGAAGCAGCCCAAGAAAGAGCUCAUUAUCAAUGAGAUUCUAGUGAUGAAGGAACUCCGGCAACCCAACAUUGUCAACUACGUAGACAGUUUUCUAGUGGGCGAGGAUCUCUAUGUGGUGAUGGAGUAUCUGGCUGGUGGCUCCCUGACUGAUGUGGUGACAGAGACCUGCAUGGACGAGGCUCAGAUAGCUGCCGUUUGCAGAGAGUGUUUACAAGCAUUGGAGUUCCUGCAUGCCAACCAGGUCAUCCAUCGAGACAUCAAGAGUGACAAUGUGUUGUUGGGAAUGGACGGAUCUGUCAAAUUGACUGAUUUUGGCUUCUGCGCCCAGAUCACACCUGAGCAGAGCAAGCGUAGCACCAUGGUGGGCACGCCGUACUGGAUGGCACCCGAGGUGGUGACCCGCAAAGCCUACGGGCCCAAGGUGGACAUCUGGUCCCUGGGCAUCAUGGCCAUUGAGAUGGUGGAGGGAGAACCGCCGUACCUCAAUGAGAACCCACUCAGAGCGUUGUACCUGAUCGCCACCAACGGCACUCCAGAGCUCCAGAACCCUGAGAAGCUGUCUCCCGUCUUCCGGGACUUCCUGAACCGCUGCCUGGAGAUGGACGUGGAGAAGAGAGGAGGAGGAAAAGAGCUUCUGCAGCAUCCCUUCCUGAAGCUGGCCAAGCCUCUCUCCAGCCUCACGCCACUCAUUCUCGCUGCCAAGGAGGCCAUGAAGAGCAAUCGCUAGCCUUACACCAACACCAGAACUCAAGUGACCCUGCCUGCCUACUACAUUAGGAGGACACCGGACUGUUCUCCCUCCGUGGGCCAAUAAACUCGCUCAUAACUUGUCUUUGCCAAACUAUGCGGCCUCUCCGCACCACGGCAAGCUGUACCGGGGAAAGGGCCAUCUCGUAGUCUUCAAUGCCAGAGAGCGGGAGUACCAUUAAACUCGAAAACGGCAGAUCCUUUUCUCUCUGCUGAUGUAUCUGUGCUUUGUUGGUGGUAUUGUUGAUCUGAUCUGUCUUUUUUGUCCAUCACUUCUGUGUGAUGGGAUGGAACAGUGUAAUGUUUUUGUGUUUUGUUGUCAUUAUUGUUGCCUGGUUUCAUCUCUCUCUCUCUCUCUCUCUCUCUCUCUCUCUCUCUCUGUGUGUGUUUCUGUAUAGGCCUGUCUCAAUGAAUCUGUCACCCUGUGCCUACUACCUAUUUGCUUUUUCUUGUCUUAAAAGAUUUUUAACAAAGUAGAAAAUUGCUGUAUGGAAUAAAAUUUCUUUCAUUAACGGAGUUUGAAAAAUUAAAAGUAACCUUAAAAGUUUUGUUUUAAAUGUAUUAAAUCCUUUUGUAUAUUAUGUACUUUCAAUAGCAAAUACAGAGCGAAAAAAAGCAACACAUCAGGACAUUUUUGACUAGCUAUUUUGUAUUUAUGUGUAUGUAUACUGUGUUUUAUAUUUUGAACUAACAACCUGACAGAAUAACACAAUUUGAUUUAUUUCAACCGUCUUGGUCAAUAAUUUCCUGUAUUUCUAUGUAUGGGAAGCCUGAGUUGUUUCUUAAGUCGACUAUAAUCUAUACAUAUCAGUGGAAAAUGUGUUCAAGACAUUCCAGUUACGCAAACUUGUGAAACUGCCUAUUGUUAUUAAGUGAUGAAACAAAUCUGAAUCCUCCUGUAAAUUAUGAGUAAAGGUUGACUGAAUCAAAUCAA